UCCGAUUUUGUAAGCUGUCAAUGGCUAUAUGUGUGCCGGCCCUGUCUUAGCUGUUAGCGUCUAUCUGACUGACGCAGUAGCACGGUUUGUUUCGUAAUUUGUUGUUAUUUACAUUGUACAAUGGCUGAGGCGGCCGAAAGUGAGCCUAUGCCAUCGUCUAGUGAGGGUGACGUCGAGACUGACGCGAAAGAUUCCGAUGAGCCAUUGACUAAAAAACGUAAACUGACCGACAAAGAGGGGAGUGACAAGCUCGAGCAUAGGCUAGGAGGAAUCCUCUGCUGCGCAGUUUGCUUGGACCUGCCUCAGGCGGCCGUGUUUCAGUGUAGCAAUGGUCACCUCAUGUGUGCUCCAUGCUUCACGCACUUACUCGCGGAUGCACGGCUGCGCGACGAGGCAGCAACGUGCCCCAACUGUCGUGUGGAAAUCUCUAAGACGUCCGCCUCCAGGAACCUAGCCGUUGAGAAGACAGUCUCAGAGCUCCCUUCCGAGUGCAAGUUCUGCACACGCGUAUUCCCGCGUCAUUCGCUGCAGCACCACGAGGAGAACACGUGCGAGGAGAGGCUGACGGGGUGCCGCUACGCGUGCAUCGGCUGCCCGUGGCUGGGCCCCGCGCACGAGGGCGGCGCGCACGAGGCGGCCUGCGCGCACCCCGCCAAGUCGGCCGCCGACGUGGUGGCCACGCUAGCCGAGCGGGACCGCCUCGUCAACGAGGCGAAUGCAGUCUACAAUCAGGUGCUCGAUCUGCUCUCCUACGAGAAAAUUGCCUUUAACGACUUGCAGUUGAAGCCGUAUCGUACGGAGGAGUUCAUGCAUAAGCUGUAUUACGAGACAUCGCGCUUCUCCGCCUUCGGCCACCAGUGGGUGGUGAAAGCAUUCGUCAACAAGAACCAGCGCGACCCCACGCAGAGCUCCCAGCGGGAGAUCACCUACCAGCUGAUCCUGAAGAGCAAGGCCCCGGUGGGCCUGGGCGUGCAGUGGGUGGUGCUGCGCGGGCCGUGGGGCGAGGCGCGGCUGGGCGCGGCCGUGCGCGCGCACUGCUUCCACGAGGACGCGCCCGACGCCGCGCCCGCGCCGCUACCGCUGGCCGACCGCGACGACACCAACCGGCUGCUCUCCAACAAGGCCAUCCACUUCCGACUGAUGAUGUUCCUGUCGACGAAGUGAUCUCCCCUGUCCGACUGCCGACUGUCCGAGCUGUAUCGCUUCACACUCCACCACACUGCGUUUACCAAAGAACAAUGCAAUAAUGCCUCAUUCCACACAUACAUACCUACAACACACAGUCGUACACACCGACACACCUUUGAUACGCGCAUAAUAUGGAUCAAUCUAGUUUGAAGUUUUAUGCAGCACAACCAUAUCCAAAGUUUUCUUAGUGGUGAUUUGUUUACCUAUCUCCCUAACUAAAUGAAAAUACACGAUACGCGAGCUUGUCUACUCCACGAAACUGAAAAUACACGAAAAUUGUGGACAUGGUUCGUGCUGGGACUAAACUGUUUAAAAGUAUUGAGCACCCCCCUACAUAGACGUUGUCUUAACUUAUUCCGGGAAAAUUAAAAUAAAAUUGACUCAUAUGAAAAUAUAUGUUUAUUUAAUAUCAAAUAAUCAAUAUUUCGUCGAGUCACCCUUCGCUUUUAUGACAGCGGCGAGUCGUUUUGACAUAGAGCUAACUAAUUUCUUGCACUCAUCAGCUGAUAUUUUGUUCCAUUCUUGCGGAAUGUGCAGUUUGAGAUCUUCUUUGUUUGAAAUCCAGUAAUUGCGGAUCUUGCGCUUCAAUAUCCUUACUAUAUAAUAUUAUAAAUCGGAAAGUGAGGUUGUUUGUUUGUUUGUUCCGCUUUCACGCCCUAUCUACUAAACCGAUGGCUUUGGAUUUUUGCAGACGUAAAGUUAGAAGUCUGGAAUAAAAAAUAGGGUACUUUUUAUCCCGGAAAAAUUUGAUAUUCUC